CCUAUGUUAUCCAUUUUCGGAUUCCUAAGUAACCGAAAACUGUUUGAUGUUCUUUUUGGAUCCUUUUGCUAAUUUUCAGAAUGGGUUUGGGAUAAUUUAAUCUAAAAUUGAGUAAUACAUGUAUAUUCCAAGAUUUUGUGUUAAAAUUCGGUUAUCUCAAAAAGCUCGUGAGAAAUAUACAAAUUUCAAAUACGAGGAUAUAAUAAGUGUAAAAAUGACAUCGGUUGAUUCCAGCAAAGUAGCUGAUGUUGAAGUUAAAAAUGAGAAUGAUGUAUCAACAUCGGAAGUAAUGCAGACAAAUAAUGAUCAAAAUCCAAAUACCUCAACUAUUGCAAAAGAUGAUGAGGAAACUGUGCUUCCUUCAGAUUUAUUCGCUUACGAUCCAGCGAAUUAUUCUUUCUGCAAACAAAAUAGUAUAGUUAAUACUCUAACUGUUGGAGAAGUGGGUACUCUCGAAAUUAUUUCAGAAAUAAGGGAGGGUGUAUAUGGUAUUACAUUGUGGCCUGAGAGAGAUUAUGAUGACUUUUUCGAGCAAAUGUAUUCAGUAAUCCCGGAAGCUACUGUAUGGAAGAAUCGUAGACCAAAUAUAGGAGAUUUUGUAUUUGGUCAAACCUUUGAUACACAUUGGAUUAGGGGAUAUGUUGUAUGUCUGAUACCAUACUUAAAAAUGGCUAUGAUAGACCAAGCUAGAAUAGUGUUUGUUCUUAAGCUUGCUACAUGCAAACCACCGCUUUUAGAUAUGCCUGCAUUAGGUGGAUUAUGUGAAUUAACUGAUGCUACACAUAAACUGAAGGAAGGUGAAGCGCUUGAAUUUAAAGUAACAGGCCAAACAGAUAAUGAAGGACAAGAUGGAUUUGAAAUAUUGAUUCUUAAUGGAGAUUAUGAGUUAAAAGCUACUGUAAAGCCUUAUAUUCCAACGGUGGAACAAGUGGGAAUACUAUGUGGUGAUGUGACUAAUGGACGUGAGGUAUGCAUUACUGGUUAUCGAAAUCAUAUACAUCUAUUUGUUCGUCCCUUAGAUGCUCUAGGUUUGGCACGCUAUAACUUUAUUAUGGAAACUGUUGCAAAAUGCGCUGAAACAUCUGAAUUUUUGGAAGAUCCACAUAUUGGGCAACUGGCAUUAGCACUGUCUGCUGAUGGCAAUUAUUAUCGCGCAUUUAUUACUAAGGUACAGGAAGAUAGGGCGCAUGUUAUGUACCAAGACCUUGGUCGUAGAGAAUAUGUAGAUAGGAAGAAACUUAGGAUUUUUCCUGAUUAUUUGAAGAAGCUUGGGUAUUGUAUAUCAAAAAUCCUUCUACAAGGUAUUCCUAAAGAUAUCCCUCCGUUAAUACCAAUAAUUGAAAUUCUGGACAGCCUAGUGGAAAAUAAAGUUCCUCUGAUAUGUACAUAUGAUGGUAUACCUUCCACAGAAGGUGUAUAUCUGAAAUUUCGUGACGGAGAAAGCCUUAAUAAUAUGAUAUGUAGAUGUAUCGAGCUAUAUCGUGUGAAACCUUCUGAAUGACAAAUCGCUGCAAGCAACUGUCUGAUUUAAAUGAUACGGGGCAUUCAAGCAACAGAAAUAAUAAAUGAUGCAUGUUCAGAUAAGACACCCUUACGGGGGUCUACUACGUAAGAAUACUAAUGCCAUGAAAGGAUGGCAUACUUAUGACAGCGUUUAUGCAUCAAUACAGGAAAAGUUCAAAACUGCAAUUCCCUCGAAGAAUAAAUGUUAAGGACACGAAAUUAGGUGAAGGUGCACAGGCAAGUGUUUUAACGUGUUUAGAGAACGGACUCCAUCAGUUUCAUUAUUGUAUGGCCCUGGUAAAGAUCAUACAUUUGCAUAUUCAUAGCUUAAAAAUUUAGAUGAAUGUAAUUAAUAGAAAGUCCCGGGAGAACUAUGUCUGUUGCAUCAAUUUCGGAACGUUUAACUGAAGCUGCAGGUGGUAAGAUUUGUAUGACGGAAAACAGUGCGUCAAUCGAUGCAGCCUUUACGGGGGAAAUAUGUAUAAUAUUAGAAAAUAUUAAAAAAAAGAAAAAAAACGAAAGCAA